AUGUACAACUUCAUUGUCCAUGAUAAAAAAAAUGCAUCGCGGGUAAUACCCGGUAGAUGGACUUUGAUAUUUUCUCAAAGGACAAUUGUGAAUCCAUUUCAAAAUCCUACCUUUCCACUGGAAGCUUUUUGUUUUAGAACCAUACCGGACAUUAUCAACGCAGAGAGGUUGGACGGCACUGAGCUUUUUGGUAAGUUUAUUGCAUUUACCUGCAACAACCGAAUCGGGUGCGCAAUGUUUGACCACAUGGUUGAUCAAAUCCUACCACAUCUUGAGGAGGAUAGAGUCGAACCACUUAUAGUCGUGUUACAAUUAAUAAAAGCAACAAGGUGGAACGGAAAGUCAUCGGUGCAGAGUCGUUUCAAUGUUUCCCAAUUGCAUGUCGACCCUGGAUUGAAAGAGAUAGUUGGGUUUAGAAACAUGUUUCUCGGAGGUGCAACAUCAUCCUUUGUGAGGAUAAGUCAGGUUUCAUCACAUGGUCCAUGGUCAGGCGUUGAAGAGCUAACACAAGAGGAAGGUCCCACUUGGAUGGUUGGAACUAUUAUUUCAAUCAAUGUAAGCAAGAAUGAUUGGUUUUACAAGUCGUGCAGGAAGUGUCCAAAAAAAGUUGAUACUCGUGUUGGCAAUAGAUAUGAAUGUGGAAAGUGCGGUCACACACACGGAUGUGCUGCACUAAGUUCAAAAUUCAAGGUGGAGGUGAUGGUUUUUGAUGGCACUUGUAAAACCUGGUCAAACCGGUGUUACAGCACUGGAAGCAUCAGGUUGCUUCUGUGGGACAAGGAAACAAUGAUGUUGUGUGGCAAGCGCGGUGAACAAGUUAUGGAGGAGAAUGUCUCUACAGAAGAUGACUAUCCACCUACUUUUGACAAUAUGAUGGAUAAGAGAGUGUUCUUCAAGCUAAAUGUUAAGUUCAGUAAUAUUAGUCAGUAUGAUCCAGUGUAUACAGUCAUGAGGGUAUGCGAUGAUGAAGAUAUAAUUGAAAAGAAUACUCCUAAAGAAGUGUCCACUACUCCUACCAUUAAUAACACUAUAUCUAGUCCUGAAAGUGGUUGCAACAACUCUAUUGAUAUGCCGAGCAAUGUUGUCAACCUUAAUACUGAUUCUGAUAUGCAACCUUCUUUGGACGCUCCUCAGGAGUAUAUAUCAUCACUAAAGUGCAAGACUCCAGCAAAAAGGUCCAACAAUGGAGGAAAGGGUGGCUCACCAUCUGUGAAUGAAAUUGAGGAGGAAAGGCAGCUAUCAACUAACCGUUUCAGUAGGAAGUCAGGAAAAAGGUCUAACAUCCAAAUCAUUGAAGAAGAUAAUUGA